AUGGGGAUCGGCGCGGAAACAGCAGUGCUGGGGGUGACCGGAACUAAUGGACCGGUUACCGGUUGUGGUGGGGCUGAAGUAGGAGCCUGGGGGGGUCUCGAGGGCGCGCUCGGCACCGAGAGGACCCGUGGGCCUGGAGGGCCUGGCAUGAGAGGUCCUGGCAGCGCGGGAGGCGCUGGGGCUGGCUUCGGUGCUGCAGGUGGCGCCGAAGGCUUUGGUGUGCCAAACAGAGAUGCAAAGAAUGAGGGCUUCGCGGGUGCGGUUGGAGGGGCGACCUUUGGCGUUGGGGCUUUCGACACAGCGGGACCCGGGGCCUUUGGAGUUGCUGUAACUGCCUUUUGGAGUGGAGCCUUGACUGGAACCGGGCUUGCUUUCAGGACAGGACCUGGGGCUUUUGGCGGUGCUGCCAUUGCCUUUUGGGGUGGAGCCUUGACUGGCGGGGGAACUCUUGGAGCAGCGGUGCGGGUGGCUGUGCUUUUGGAGGGAUUUUUGAAGCAGGUGGAGGGGCAAGGACCUUCGAUGGGGCAGGUGGUGCCACUUUGGCCUGAGAAGGCGGCAGCACGGGAGGCCGUGGGGGAGGCGCUACUGAUCUUGGUGGAGGUGGUGGCGGCACCACAGGCUUUUGGGACGGAGGCAGCACUGGCCUCGGAGGAGGUGGGGGCACGAUCUGCUUCGAAGGCGGAGGAGGCAAGGCGGCUUUCUGUGGAGGUGCAGGUGCGGGUGCAGAUUUUGGAAGUGGGACCGCUACCUUUUGGGGUGGUGCAGGGGACUUCGAAGGAGGAGCUGCUGGAGGUUUAG